AUGGGGAAACACUACUGCGAUUACUGCGACGUCUUCCUGACGCACGACUCGGUGUCGGUGCGCAAGGCACACAACAGCGGACGCAACCAUCUGCAGAAUGUGCGCGAGUACUACCAGACCCUGGAUCCCGAACAGAUCCAGCAGGUCAUCGACACGCUGGCACAAGAGUACGAUCGACGCGGCAUCGAAAAGCCCAGAGACCUUUUGCAACCCGCUGGAUCCUCGUUCAUGACUUUUGGCGCAGGACCGCUCAGCGGAGCAUCCGACAGAGCUUUCGGAUCUCAAGGUCCACCUCGCAUGUCGAUGGGUGGAAGCGGUGGAGGCGGCAGCAACGGCACGGGUCCACCGAGAGGCGGCUAUGGAAGCGGCCCGGGAGGCUACAACCGAUACAAUGGAAACAAUGCGCCCUCAAGAGAUCAAGGACCCCCGCCAAACUAUAACCGUCCACCUCCGCAAGGCGUCCCCUACUCACGUCCUCCGCCCAACAUGAUGGGCGGCGCAAACGCUCCUCCCGGCGGCAACGGCGCAUAUCCACCGAGAGGCCCACCUCCCGGCUACGGAGCGCCUCCAUCCAACAUGUUCCCGUCGGGUCCGCCUCCCAACAUGCGCGGGCCGCCUCCAUCGCUACCGCCCAACCCUUCCUAUCCACCACCUCAAUCCAGAUCGACGUACGGCCCGCGCUGA